GGCAAUUGAAGCUGCUUGCACCUGCACAGAGAAGAAACAUUGUGAGAGGACCCCGCCCGAGAAAAAAAAUGGCUUUUUAAACGUGGUGAGGAUACUUUUUACAUUUCUGACCAAAAUGUCUAAAAGCAAACAUUGCGAGGCGAUCAGGGUGGUGGUCCGCUGCCGGCCCUUCAGCAGGACAGAGCAGACUGUGGACUGGGAAAACAUUAUGCAGAUUGAUGACAGACUGGGGCAGAUCACUCUCAGGAACCCGAAGGCACCACCUGAUGAGCCAAUGAAAGUAUUCACGUUUGAUUCUGUGUACGGCUGGGAUUCAAAUCAAAGGGACAUCUAUGAUGAUGCCGUGAGACCUCUGGUGGAGUCCGUGCUCCAAGGCUUCAACGGGACUACGUUUGCGUAUGGUCAAACCGGGACAGGUAAAACACACACCAUGCAAGGGGUUUCAAACGACCCGGAGUUGAGAGGGAUUAUACCAAAUUCAUUUCAGCACAUUUUUACACAAAUAUCCAGAACUCAGAAUCAGAAAUACCUGGUGAGGUCAUCGUACCUGGAGAUCUACCAGGAGGAAAUCCGAGAUCUGCUGUGCAAAGACAACAACAAGAAACUGGAGCUUAAAGAAAACCCUGACUCUGGUGUUUAUGUGAGGGAUCUCUCUUCAGUGGUGACUAAGAACGCCACUGAGAUUGAACAUGUGAUGAACAUAGGCAACCAGUCCAGGUCUGUGGGCUUCACUAACAUGAAUGAACGCAGCUCUCGCUCUCAUGCCAUUUUUGUCAUCACAGUCGAGUGCAGUGAGGUCGGGCCAGAUGGCGAGGAUCACAUCCGUGUUGGGAAGCUGAACAUGGUUGACCUGGCUGGCAGCGAGCGCCAGAGCAAGACAGGUGCGAAAGGGAUGCGACUAAAGGAAGCAGCCAAAAUCAACCUGUCCCUCUCGGCACUGGGGAAUGUCAUUUCAGCCCUGGUGAACGGGAAGAGCACCCACGUCCCUUACAGAGACUCCAAACUGACCCGCCUGCUCCAGGACUCACUGGGUGGCAAUGCAAAGACAGUCAUGAUAGCCACAGUGGGGCCAUCGCACAAGCACUUUGAUGAAUCCCUGGCCACGCUGAGGUACGCCAGCCGGGCCAAGAACAUAAAGAACAAACCUCGGAUUAACGAGGAUCCCAAAGAUGCCCUGCUGAGGGAGUUUCAGGCGGAGAUUGCACGCCUGAAAGCCCAGCUGGAUGAGCGAGGGAUACUGGCAAAGGAGAGGAGGAGGAGAAGGGAUAGCAAAAGACUGAGUAAAACUGGUAUGGAAGAGGACAUGUUCAGAGAGAGGGAUGCGGAUGUGUGGAAGGCUUUUGAGGAGGAACCAGAGGUGAGACAUCGUAUGAAAGACGGAGGUGACAUCCCCAUGGCUCUGCUCUGCCAGGGGAGCGGGGAGAAGUUAAAGCACCUGAAGGACAACAGAAAAAGUUUAGUGGACAUGCAGUGGGAUCAAGACGCUUUGGAGAAGAUCAUCGAGAAAUAUAAGGCUAUGGAGAGCAAACUGUUAAUUGGGGGAAAGACUAUAACUGAUCACACGAAUGAACAGCAAAAAAUGCUGGAGCUGAAGAGGCAGGAAAUUGCAGAACAGAUAAGACGAGAGAGAGAGAUCCAGCAGCAGAUGAUGAUGCAGGACGAGGAGACUUCAGAAAUGAGAGAAACCUUCUCCUCGCUGCAGCAGGAGGUGGAACACAAGACAAAAAAGCUGAAGAGGUUGUACGCCAAACUACAGCUGGUGAAGGCAGAAACGAGAGACGUCAUCGAUGAACACGUAAUAAUCAGGCAGGAGCUCGAGCAGACGCAGACCGAACUCACCAGAGAACUCAAGUACAAAUAUCUCUUGAUUGAGAACUUUAUCCCUCCAGAGGAAAAGAACAAGAUCAUGAACAGGCUGCACUUUGACAGUGAGGAGGAUCAGUGGAGACUCCAGUCCGCUGUUCCAUCAGAGAGUGCUCCCACUCAGGUCAAGAGGAGGCCUCUCUCAGCGGUGGGUUACAAGAGGCCAAUCAGCCAAUACGCACAGAUGGCUGUUUCCACGGCAACUGGGGCCCCGUCUAGAUACCAGGCUGAGAACAUAAUGCUGUUGGAGUUAGACAUGUCUCCACCGACCAUGUUCACCUUGAACCUUAAUGGCGCUCACCUGGAGAGAGCCUUCUCUCCCAGGCUGAUGCGGGAUCUUCUGGUUACUGCUCCCAUGAGAGAGAGGAGCACUGCGUCGUCACGGGUCAGGAAAUCACAAUCAUGGUAUCAGGCCCCACAAGCAGCACACAUCCCAUCAUCCUCAUCAUCCACCAGUCUGUCAUCAGGAUCUCAGAGACAACGAAGACCAUCCUCCGCUGCCUAUCUUCCACUGGGAGGUCCGAUUCAGAAAAGCCCCUGAUAUGUGUCAGCACAAUUGUACACAGGGCUGGCCUUAGUUCAAAGUGGCAUAAAGGACUCCAGACAUGGGGGGGAAAUAUUAUGCCUUGAUUUUAAAUAGAUUUCACACUUUGUUUUGAGAAAGAAUCACUUUAGUAAGCAUGCAUUCAACCUAAAAGGAUCUAUCGGAUUUGUUUUUAAGUGGGGUUGUACGAGUACUUAUUAAUAGUCAGUGUAUUAACUACAGUAUGGAGAAACCGACAGAGAAGCAAUGUGCUGCUGUGGACGGGCACAUUUCAGACACCUAAAAAAAAUCUAUAUCAGUUUAAGUGUUCUCUAUAUUUAGAAUAUUUUCCCCACUUUACCUUUCCUUCAGGCUGUUGUCUAUGCUCUCUUCAAAGCCACCAGACUCCAUUGACAAAAGCAGUAAUUUUACCUUGCAGAACGCAGGAGUUUCUGGUUUAUCGCUGCCUCGAUCGUUUAGUUUGUGUUAUUGUGAGACUUAGGCGAUCUGAACUAACCUAGUAGGUAAUACACUGACUAAGAAUAAGUACCUUAUAUAACCCCACUUCAAGAAAUCUGAACCAUCCCUUUACCCGGGAAGACAAACAUAAUUUUUGCCUACAGUUGCCUAAAACACAUGUAGUUCUUCUUGACUUACUCCAGUCUUAACGAAUAGCACAGCCAAAAAAGUAAUCUUCUGAAACCAGAAGACUACUUUAAAUUGUUUGGAGGAUCUUUACAGUUCUUAUUUUUUAAUUUGAUUACAUUUUUUUUGAGAAUGUAUCUGUUCUUUGCCAAAACACUAGAUGGUGAUGGGGGGGGGAACUGAGGGGAGGGGCUCCCUGGUUUAGCCUGUAUGCUUGAUUAACUGUGGCUUCAAUUUCUAGCUGAUGUAAUUGUGAGCAAAAAAUGUGAAGAAAGCCUGCAAUGCUCUCUUGAUUAGCUGCCUUAUUUUUUCGUGCAAAGUCCAUUUGCUUACACAUGGAAAUAAACACUGACAUGAUCUUGAA